CUUUACUUUCAUAGACUGCCUCAUAAAAAUAACUGAACAUUUGGGGAGCACUGCUGCAUUUCUAAAGAAAGAAGAAAAGGAGAUGUGUAAUUUAUGCUGCAUGCAUGAUGAAUGUACUCCAGAGCAGACAAUGUCUUCCAUUCAAGAUACGAAAGCAGCCUACAUUGCUGCAAGAGGGGAACUAAACGCCAUAGAAACAGCUACUGUUUCUCCCACAAAUGGAGAGGAAAGUCAUUACACAAACCAGGUCCAGUUAAAAGAAAAUAAAACACACAUGAGUUCAGCAUUAGGGGAAAAAGAAAACAAUACGUCAUUGAAUGGAUGUGUAAUGGGGCAAGAAGAGUCACAGAACAAAAUGUUCCCAGAUAAUGCAGAAAAUGAAGAUGAAAAACAAAUAGAACACAUAACUGUUGAGAGCAUAAAUGGCAACAGGGAAGAGAUUCAUGGCAUAAUCCAGACAACAGAGAGAGAAAUUCAAGAGACCUCAGAAAGCCAAAGAGAAGAAAUGACCACAUCCUCAAUAAUAUGUGAUAUCUCCAAGAAAUAUAUAAAUAGUACUCUUCCCAAUGAUUCAGAGAAUAUAAAGCACAAGCAUAACAUGAUGGAAAAGGAGUAUCUUGAUGUGCUGAGCAAUGAGGCUGACCCCCAAGUGUCUUGUUAUAUUACAGCACCAUCACACGUUCUACAACAACUAGAAUGCCGGAUAAUAAAUAACAUGAGUUCUUUAAUAGUGGGUGAUAAUGAAGAGUUAGUUAGCAAUGUCAUAACUGUUGAAUGCUUAGAGAAGGAAAAGAGAAUUCCAUUUCCAAUAGGCAUUGCAAUUCCAUUCACUGCACGGUACAGAGGAAAUUACAGAGAUAUCAUGGUAAAGAUAUGUGACUUAAACCUUCAAUCAAGUUACCUAAACCCAAAUUCACUGGAAGGAAUAAAGGGAGGUUAUAAGGGGACCUGUGCUGCAGUCAAAGUUUACAAAUUGGGUAUCUUUUCUGUUAUGUCUUGUUUAAAGAAAGAGUCGUUCACAGUAACAAAGAAAGGCCUCACACUUAAGUCAAGCAUGGAUUCCCGAAUAUCCUUAAAUUACCCUCCAGGAGUUUUUACCUCUCCAGUACUUGUGCAGUUAAAGAUCCAACCAGUUGACCCAACUCUGGUGGCACAUUUAAAAGCACAGCAAGACACUUUCUACUCAGUACUAUCCACAAGCCCUCUGGUUCACAUUCAGCACCCAUCAACUUAUGCUUUUCAGAAGCCAGUCACUGUAUUUUUACCUUGUUCUCCAUAUCUUGGUAAAAACAAUCUUGGGUCUGAGAUAGAUCAUAAAAGAACAGCGAGUGCCACAACAAAUAGGAUGACACCUUUAUAUUUCAACAGGACAAAAAGUGCCUCCAUAAGAAAAUCUGGAAAAAAUACCUCUGAAUAUUUGAAAUUACUGGGAUUCAGAAGCCAAGACAGUGGUUGGUUUGGACUCAACAAUGUCGUUGUGAAAACCAUACAGAGAGGCUUGAUAUCGGUUGAAUUGUAUGAACAUUUCGAGAGGUUUAUUGUACUUCACCUCUCUUCCACCAUGGACAAUAGUCAUUUGGUUACUUUUGUGAAAUCUUUAGAGGAAGCUAUGCUCAGCACCACUGCCUGCAUAGUACUGUCUCACCAGAAGGACAAUCCACAUAGAAUAGCUGUUUUAGUGGUGCCUUCUAAAGAUUUAAGCCAGGUGCUUAAGAACCUGAGCUUGGAAGGGUUUGGAGGACCUUCAGAGCCAUCUUGCCAUUUCCAAGUUCGAGAAGGAGAACAACUUCUUUUAAGAUUUACUGGAAACAUAUUUGCUUCAAGCAAUGGGAAGGAUUAUGGAAAAGACUACACACUUAUUUUUCACUUGCAAAGAAAACCUAGGCUGGAACUGCAAAUCAAAGAAGUGGAUGAAUUUGGAAACUACAGCUGCCCUCAUUAUAAAGGCACCAUUGUCGUGUAUAAAGUACCUAAAGGAAAGAUAGUCCCCAACUUGAAUCAAUCUCUCGUAAUUAAUGAAAACCAUUCUCAGUUGCCAAUUUGCAAAUUACCAUUGAGAUUGCCAAAGCAUAAGAAAUUAAUCAACCGUCCACAGAGUACCAAAAGAGUUUCUAAGGAUCCUCUAGAAGCCCUCUGGGACAACUUGCUGCAUUGGCUGGCUGAGGAGCUCUCAGAAGAAAACGCUGAAUCUCUUUCCUCAACUCUCCCUCUGCGCCAUAGCACCAUUCAGCUCAUCAAACUCAAGAACCCUGCUGAUCUCACAGAACAGAUCCAUGAGUUUCUUUGCUUCUGGAAAAAAUCGCUUCCAACUUUUACUGACAAAUCUCGCCUCCUGGCUCGACAUCUCCGCAAGAUUGGCAGGAGUGAUCUUGCAGAAGAGCUCAAAUUCAAGUGGGAAAAUAAAGUGUUCACUGCACCACAUGAGUGGUUUGAUGUAGCAGCUGAGUAAAAGCCUGAUUACUCUUCCUCUACCCCUAGGAAAAGGCACAUGAAAUGAAGUUUCACCAUGUUGCCCAGGCUAAUCCUGAAUUCGUUGGCUCAAGCAAUCCACCUGCCUUGGCCUCCCAGAAUGCUGAGAUUACAGGCAUUACCACACCUCUCCCUUCUGAAGUAUUUUAGACUAAAAUAGAAAUACUUUAAUAAAUAAGGUAAGUAGGCUUUGAGCACAUUAUAAUCUAAUUUUCAAAAUCACUAAAUCUUUGGGGCAAAGUUUUAUUUUUCUAACCAAGUGUUUCUUAAUGAGUUGUUAUUGACAUUCUGAUGAUUUCAAAAAAUUAAUGUGCACUGGAUCACAAAUUGCAGACCAUUCAGGAUCCCUGACCUUGUCCACCAAAUGAACAAAGCACCUCUUCAACCUAGUGAAUGUGACCAGCCAAAUUUCUUACACGUGGUUCUGGUUAUGAGGGUAGGGGGUGAAAGGGUGGGUGUUGAGAACCAUGUUUUAAUCACCUUUUGGUUGAAGUGGGGCAUGAAAGAAAGAGGAAGAACAUCUAGAGAAAUUUAGAACACUAUAAGCAAACCAGGGCUCUGCCUUAAACUCUUCAACUGCUACCAGUGUUAAAAGCAAUGCCAACUGCUGUCUGAUGGCUUUUUCAGAAAUGUGCUCAAUAAGAAGUCCAGAACUGUGCUGUAGAAUCAGAAGUUUGUCUAAGGUACAAAGUCAGGCUCUCUGAAGUCAGAAGGAGAAGGAAAUAUUGAGUGAGGUCAAAAUUGUGGCUGACAUAGGCCAGGGGAUUCCCCCUUAGCUCAGCUAAGCAUGACUUCUGUGACCAAACCUCACCAGAAUGCCCCGGGCUGCCUACACAUUUUGAUAGACGUCACAACAAAUCUUCAGUUCCCCCCACCUCUCCCAGGACUCCUCCAUAGGCAACUCUCUUCAUACCACCUCUCAGCAUUGGUUACCUAACAUAGCAAAUAAUUUUCUUAUUAGUUAAGGUUUUUAUUUACUGUCUGCAAAUAAACACCUGCUUUAGUUUAUGAUACACAAGGGCCCGGUGCUUGUUCUUUUCAUUGAUGUAUUCUUAUUACUUAGAACUCUGUCUGGUACUCAAUGAAUGCAUUUCUCUUUUGUUUUCCUUACUUUAUAAGUGAGAAAACUCUGAGUUACAGCUCUAGAGCCUGGGUUAGAAGCCAGACGAUUCUAUUUUCGAAGUCUUUUUUCUUUUUUUUUGAGAUGGAGUUUCGCUCUUGUUACCCAGGCUGGAGUGCAAUGGCACGAUCUCGGCUCACCGCAACCUCCGCCUCCUGGGUUCAGGCAAUUCUCCUGCCUCAGCCUCCUGGGUAGCUGGGAUUACAGGCAUGCGCCACCAUGCCCAGCCAAUUUUUUGUAUUUUUAGUAGAGACGGGGUUUCACCAUGUUGACCAGGAUGGUCUCGAUCUCUUAACCUCGUGAUCCACUCGCCUUGGCCUCCCAAAAUGCUGGGAUUACAGGCUUGAGCCACCGCACCCGGCCCCAGAGUUCUUUAUCUUUUACUUCCACCUUCCUGCCCUUUCCCUACACCCAACCACUCCUCACUUUUCAAUAACAUCUCAUAAUAUUUCUUUGAGUUUCUGAAUACCCCGGACUGGAUUAAUUGUCCAUGGAACCUUAUUGUAAAUCUAGCUAAAACACUUCUAUACACUGUUGUAAUUGCCAACUUAUUUGUGGUUUUCUCCAACCAGUUUGUAAGCUUCUUGAGAGCUGAGGCUUGAGUUCCCUGCACAGAGCCCAGCACGUAGUAGGUACUCAGUAAAUCUUUGCUUAAUUAAUUCAUGAAUAACAUCUACACGCUGACAUGUUUACUGGGGUCCUCUUUUUAUGCCCUAUGUUUCUUUUGGAAGCAACUUUGUGGGGGCAGGUGCCAUAUCUAAGAAAGUAAAAAGCUUAGGCUGUAAAAAUCCACCCUGUUAUUUAUACAGCUGGAAUAACAGACACCGAUGAAGCUACCUACAAAGUUAACAGGAAUCAGUAUGUCCUCCAAGACACAUUGCUGCUGUAAUAUGUCCCCUUCUUUGAGUGACUGGUGUUUUCUUACACACUGAGAAAUUUUUGUUCUUCCAAAUCAUGGAUUAUCAGAAAACUUGCUACCUGAAAUCAUAUCAGUGAGAAAAACAUAUUCCUUUCUUGCCUGGAAGAUCUUAGUCAUUUUGACACAGAAAAGCAUUCUUGAUUUCUACCCAGGUGCCAAGCUUCAGAUAAAGCAUUUCUGGAUACAGCACUGCAUAUCUAUCUCAACAUUCCUGCUGCCAAGGAAGAAAAACUCUGGGUCAACUUGGCAGUGCAGGCCUGACGUUGACCCCUUUAUACACAGCUCUGCUUUGCUUUCAGCUUAUCAAAACACUAGCUUCUCCCCUCCUGCUGAGAACUGAAAUAACUCCAUCUUUGCUUCUGUAGAUGAGACACCCACAGUUCCUCUGUGUGCAAGUCCCUCAUUGCAGUGAAUCAAGAAAUCCAAUUUUGUGGAAUUUUACUUGUGUCCCUGGUGGUCUUAGCCUCACAGGGACACUUCUGUGACCUUUCUGUUUUCCAGUCCAGUGUUUCUCAAAUCAACAGCAUAUUAGAAUUAGUAGGAAAUUCUUGGACCCUUUUUGUAGCCAGGGUUAAAUACACACACACACACACACACACACACACAUGCAUGCCAUUAGGAUACCCUGGAGUGGAUGUUCAAAUUCAGUUUCAAGGUUAAUGAAGAGCUCAAUUCACACUUACACCAUGGAAACUUAAAGACAUUGCCUAUCAUAUUCUACUUUCUGUCCAAAACACUUUCUCAAUUUUUAUUUUUACUUUUCAUGAUUAGCACUGAACCAAGGGUAAUGCAGGAGAGAAAAAAGGAAAUGGAGCAAGCUCUGUGCUAUGCUGAAUACCCAUUUUUUUCCUCAUAGAUUAGAGUCAUCAUUUGAGAUGAUUUAUCUGUUCACAGGAAUAAGCAGGGUGAGGUGUGGAGCAGAGAAGCCAAGGCAGGGAAUUGGACUGGUUGGGAAGGAGGAACAUUUGGCUUAAUCCUCCCAUCAGCAGAGGAACUCAAAUUUAAAGUUGUAGUUAAUGAGAAGAGCCCACCACUCUCAGGAAUAUUAACUGACUUCCCUGGAAGCUGCUCACUGGGCACUUUUAAACCUGGUUCUAUGAAGACAUGUCCCACCCAUCUAUAAACUUUGAAUUAAUAUUUUUAUCUUUUCUUUCUGUUGAAAAGAUAAAAUUAUAUUUUGUUACAUUUGUGUAUGCUAAACAAUCUAAAAUAUACCACAAUAUAUUCUAUCUUUAUUAGACUAAUUUUUGGUAAUUUUUACAUAUGCCAAGAGCCUCAAAAAUUUCAAUUGAUUUAAGCCUCACUCCACCUGAAGGAACCUGUUUAUGCCAGACAACCUGAAACUCUGCUUUAGAAAUAGUCACUGAAAAUGCCUAGAUGCCACCACGAGGGGGCCUCUGUGUCACAGAUAAAAUUAAGGAAAUGUUCAGGACCUUACAAAUUCCUUCAUAUAGUGAAAGAUCUGUUUGGCAGAAUACUUUUUAAAAAUUUUAAUUAUGAAGCUAUUGUAGAAUUAGAAAGAAUAUUUUGACCUAUGGUCAAUAUGCUGUUAAUGUAACAGUACAUUAUUUUGUGUCUAAUGUAGUGUUCUCAUGUUCUGAAAUGUGUAAUUUCCAUUCACUAUGAACAAACAAAGUAUCUGUAAGAACUGCUGCAUUAUAGAGGUCUUUAUAUUACAGUAUACCUUCUGUUUCCUUAAUCAAAGCAACUGUAAUAAUACCAUAUAUUACUGAUCAUUGGAACUGAUGAAUGUAAUUUCUCUGAAUUACCUGGAAAUGGAAACUGAAAGUAUAAACUAUGGAAAGUACUUUGAAAAAAAAAAUGUAUGUUUGAUUCCAUUCACUCUCUAAUAAACACUAUUGACUGACAUGA